CUCUUCAUCACACCUUGGCAAACUCCUUCCACGUGGACCCACUUUAUACUGUCUUCUUCUUAUUACCCUUUUCACCCCUCUCUUUUAUUUUUCUCUCUCCUCUCUAUCAGUCAAUCUUACCACCAACAUCAAAAGAUAAUUCAUUCAUUUUUUUCCCAAAUUAUUAAAAAAAAAAAAAAAAAAAAAACACAAAAUCCUCUUUUCAGAAGAGAGAAAAUUCAUGAAUUUUAGGGUUUUUGAAUUUGUAAUAAAUUGUUGAAAAUUGAUUCAGGAAUUCUGGAGGAUUUUCAAAAAUGGCGACGCCAUUAACGGGAAUUGGACAUAGAGAUGGAGGUGGAGUUGCGAUAAUGGCAGGUCCUGUUAACGCUGUAGAUCCUUCACCUCCGAAUUCGUCGUCUUCAUCUAAAGCUUCGUUGAAGAAUUCAGCUCAGAAAUCGCCGAUUUUGAUUUUUUUGUUCUUUCAUAAAGCCAUUAAAGCCGAGCUUGAAGGUCUUCAUCGAGCUGCGAUUGAUUUUGCUACUAAUCAGGGGAGCGAUAUUGAGCCGUUGCUCGAGCGAUAUCAUUUUCUUCGUUGUAUUUACAAGCAUCACUGUAAUGCUGAGGAUGAGGUCAUCUUCCCAGCUCUUGAUAUUCGUGUAAAAAAUGUUGCUAGAACUUACUCUUUGGAGCAUGAAGGUGAAAGUGUACUUUUUGAUGAACUGUUUAAGCUGUUGAUCACAAAAGUACAAGAUGAGGAAACCCACCGUAGAGAUAUAGCUUCUCGUGCAGGAGCCCUCCAAACAUCAAUUAGCCAGCAUAUGUCUAAGGAAGAAGAGCAGGUGUUUCCGUUGCUUAUUGAAAAGUUCUCUUUUGAGGAGCAGGCAUCAUUAGUCUGGCGGUUCCUAUGCUCUAUACCUGUUAAUAUGAUGGUAGAGUUUCUCCCUUGGCUUUCAUCUUCUGUUUCCAUUGACGAGAGUCAGGAUAUGCAGAAAUGCCUCCGCAAAAUUAUUCCAAAUGAGGAUCUUCUUCAUAAGGUCAUUUUCACCUGGAUGGAUGGACCUAAAUUGGAUGAACUUCGUACAAACGGUGGUUCCACGGUGCAGUGCUGCAUAGACUCUAAAACAUGUGCUUCAGUGGGGCAAGCCAAAGGUUCAUCCUGUGCUUGUGAAUCUUCGCAGGCUGGGAAAAGAAAACGCAUCAAACUGAGUAGUUCCAUUGCAGAUUCAGAUCUUAGUUCCCCUAUCGAUGAGAUAUUACUGUGGCAUAAGGCGAUAAACCGAGAACUUCUUGAAAUAGCAGAAGCUGCUAGAAAAUUGCAGAUAAAUGAUGCAUCAUCAUCUGAUCUAACUGCAUUCAAUGAGAGGCUUCACUUCAUCACUGAAGUUUGCAUAUUUCAUAGUAUUGCUGAGGAUAAAGUUAUAUUCCCUGCGGUAGAUGCAGAACUGUCAUUUGUGCAAGAGCAUGCUGAAGAAGAAAGUAAAUUUGAGAAAAUCAGAUGCUUAAUUGAGAACAUACAGCUUGCGAAUGCAGACUCGUCUUUAGGCGAUUUCUACACAAGACUAUGUACUUAUGCUGAUCAAAUAACCGGCACCAUACUUAAGCAUUUUCAUAAUGAGGAAAUUCAGGUACUUCCUCUAGCCCGAAAGCUAUUUAGCCCGCAGAGACAAAGAGAACUUAUGUACCAGAGCUUGUGUGUGAUGCCAUUGAAAUUAAUUGAACGUGUAUUGCCAUGGCUAGUCAGAUCUCUUAGUGAAGAAGAAGCAAAGUGCUUUCUUAAAAAUAUGCAUAUGGCAGCCCCAGCUGCAGACGCUGCACUAGUUACACUUUUUUCUGGUUGGGCGUGCAAAGGUAGUAAGAUGAAUGUCUGCUUGUCCUCAACUGCAAUUGGUUGUUGUCCAGCUAGCCUGUUGAGUGGGGAAGAUGAUGAACACCCUAUUGUUAGCAAAUGUACCCCGUGCUUAUCUAAUGGGGAUAGAGCUGCUAUGACGCAACAUGAUGAUGAAAAUCGGCCAUCCAAGCGGAGUAACAUGGCAUCAAAAGAAGAGAUUGAUUAUCUUGAAGACAGAAAAGCAGGUGGCUUCCAGAGGUUAUCCUGUGGUACUCUAUCCUGUUGUGUUCCUGGUUUGGGAGUUGAUAAUGGUCACCUGGUAGUGGGUUCACUAGCUGCUGCAAAAUCUCUCCGUUCCUUGUCUCUCAGUCCCACUGCACCCUCUUUGAACUCAAGUCUUUUCAAUUGGGAGACUGAGAUAAGCAUUUCAAAUAGUGGGUCUACUACAAGGCCUAUUGAUAAUAUAUUCAAAUUUCAUAAAGCAAUUCGUAAAGACUUGGAGUACUUAGAUGCUGAAUCUGGAAAAUUAAGUGAAUGUGACGAAGCAUUUCUUAGGCAGUUCAGUGGGCGAUUUCGACUGUUGUGGGGACUAUAUAAAGCACAUAGUAAUGCGGAAGAUGACAUAGUGUUUCCAGCGCUUGAGUCCAAAGAAGCUCUUCACAAUGUCAGCCACUCUUACACUUUAGAUCACAAGCAAGAAGAGAUGCUUUUUGAGGACAUAUCAUCUGCAUUAUCUGAGCUUUCACAACUUUGCGGAGCAUUGAGUAGAUCUAGUGCUGCUGAAGCUCAUCUUGGAUAUGAUUCCGACACUGGUGUCUCGAAUGAUGAUUUGAAGAAGUACCAUGACCUUGCCACCAAGCUUCAAGGAAUGUGCAAGUCUAUAAGAGUAACUCUUGAUCAGCAUGUUUUCCGUGAAGAGCUUGAGCUAUGGCCUCUGUUUGAUAAACAUUUUUCCGUGGAGGACCAGGAUAUAAUUGUUGGUCGCAUAAUUGGUACCACUGGAGCAGAGGUGCUUCAAUCUAUGCUACCAUGGGUAACUUCUGCACUAACUCAAGAGGAACAGAAUAAGAUGAUGGACACGUGGAAGAACGCAACCAAGAACACUAUGUUUAGUGAAUGGCUUAAUGAGUGGUGGGAAAGAGCUAAUCCCUCUCAACAAUGCUCAGCAUCAGAGAUAAAUUCUGCGCAAGGCCAUGAUGUGUGCGAUGCUUUAGACUCCAGUGAUCAAACUUUCAAGCCUGGAUGGAAAGAUAUUUUCAGAAUGAAUCAGAAUGAAUUGGAAUCGGAGAUAAGAAAGGUCUCUCGUGAUUCAAGCCUUGAUCCAAGAAGAAAAGACUACUUGAUUCAAAAUUUGAUGACCAGUCGCUGGAUCGCCGCUCAGCAGAAGUUUUCUCAUGGAGGUAUAGGUGAAUCUUCUAAUGGCGAUGACCAGCUAGGAUGCUCUCCAUCAUAUCGGGAUCCUGAAAAAAAAAUCUUUGGAUGUGAACACUACCGAAGAAAUUGCAAGCUUCGAGCUGCCUGCUGUGGAAAAUUGUUUGCAUGUAGGUUCUGUCAUGACAAAGUUAGUGACCACUCCAUGGAUAGGAAAGCUACCUCUGAAAUGAUGUGUAUGCGGUGCUGUAAGAUCCAGCCUGUUGGACCCGUUUGCUCAACGCCUUCUUGCAAUGGACUUUCAAUGGCCCAAUAUUAUUGUAACAUCUGCAAAUUUUUUGAUGAUGAGAGGAGCGUCUAUCAUUGCCCCUUCUGCAACUUGUGUCGAGUGGGGAAAGGGCUUGGCUCUGACUUCUUCCAUUGUAUGACAUGCAAUUGCUGCCUGAGUGUGAAGCUAGUCGAUCAUAAAUGCCUUGAGAAAAGUUUAGAAACAAAUUGUCCUAUCUGCUGUGACUUCCUCUUCACAUCAAGUGCAUCUGUCAGAGCUCUUCCUUGUGGCCAUUAUAUGCAUUCAGCUUGCUUUCAGGCUUAUACUUGCAGCAGUUAUGUUUGUCCGAUUUGUAGCAAGUCAUUGGGAGAUAUGGCGGUCUAUUUUGGAAUGCUUGAUGCUCUGCUGGCUUCUGAACAGUUGCCUGAAGAAUAUAGGGAUCGUCACCAGGACAUACUUUGCAACGAUUGUGGUAGAAAGGGAACUGCACGGUUUCAUUGGCUUUAUCACAAGUGCGGAUCAUGUGGAUCAUACAAUACUCGUGUCAUCAAAACUGGUCUGGUUGACGCCGGCAGUUCAACAUUGAAAUAACAGCAAUAUAGGUGUCCUUGUGGGUUGCUAUACUGUAUAUAUCUUGGCGGCGGUACAUAUAAAACUUCUUUAUUCUUUUUCCUCCCUCUACUCUAUAAUGUUGUAGUUUAAAAAGGGCUGGUGCGGGAAGGCUAAAUUCUAUGAUUUCAAAAUUUUUGGCCAAAGUAGGCAAGAUUCAGACCGUCUUGCAGUUCCACGAUGAUUGCUUUUCAGGAAAUUUGCAGAAACGAGUACAUAGUACACACGUCCAAUGAGGAAAAUAUUACUUUGAUACCGUGUGUUAACUGAUUGUUUUACUUUGAUGGGGUUUGGGGCAGUUGCAACUCACAAAUGCGUAAGAGUAACAUUAAGAGAGCGUUUGGGAUGUUCUUUUAAAACAAGGGUGUUUGGAAUGUGGAUUAAUGUGCUAGGGUUAUUGGGCAGGAUGAAUAUUCUUCAGGUACAGAACAGCUUUCAUUCAACAUUUCAACCCCUAUUUUUUUGAGAUUAGGAAGAACUUGUUUUGACAGCAUAUCUUAAGGAAUUUAAACAACUGCCUCAAAUACAAUGUUCAGAAGAACAAAACCCAACAUCCACGAGCUUAUUAGCCCAUGGCAAUUGGCAUUUUGCACAUAUGUAUAUUCCUUUUUUGUGGAUUCUCGUAACCUUGCUGUACGAAAAUGGUAUGCGCAAUUAAAAUGGAUGAUUGUAGCAUUUUCCUUA